AUGGUUUACGUCAGUUGGUCGGCGGCUGCGCUAUUGUGUGCAAGCUUUUUCUCGACGGUGGUGCUGGCGCAGUCGGCGAAGGACCUGUACGGGACUUGGUCGGCCAAGUCGAACCAGGUGUUCACGGGCCCGGGGUUCUACAACCCUGCGGACGAGCUGCUAAUUGAGCCUUCUCUACCGGGCAUAUCGUACUCGUUCACCGAGGACGGAUUUUUCGAGAUGGCCACGUACCGGGUGUCGGGCAACCCGCGGAACCUUGCGUGCCCCUCGGCGGUGAUGACCUUCCAGCACGGCAAGUACGAGAUCCUCGCCAACGGAACGCUGAUCCUGCGUCCGUUCGAAGUCGACGGGCGCCAGCUCGUCAGCGAGCCGUGCGUGGACAAGGGCGUGUCGACGUACCUGCGCUACAGCCAAGUCGAGACGUUCCAGCGCUUCGCGGUCGAGCUCGACGAGUACCACGGCAAGCACGCGCUGCAUUUGUUCCAGUUCGACGGCUCGCCGGUCCAGCCCCUCUACCUGGCUUACCGCCCGCCGCUCAUGUUGCCCACCAUCACGCUCAACCCGACGGACCACGCCGGGGCCACUGCUACUGCCGGCCCGGGGCACCGCAAGCGGAGCCUGGGUGAGCUGGUCCGCGCCGGCCUUCAGGACAAGCACAAGACCACGGCGGUCCGCAACCCCUCCCUGUUCAACGCCGCCUUCUACUGGUGGUGCAGCGCCGGCGUCAUCGCCGCCGGCACCGUUCUCUUCUUUAUGGUUUAG